GUAUUUUUUUGGUUGAAAUUUCAGUCCGGUUAUCAACUGCAAGCCGAGUGUUUGAGAGAAAAAGUAAUGAAUAAAAUUUGUGAUUUUAGUGUGAAUGUGAAUUAAUCUAGCAUUUCUCGGUACUCGUUGUUCCAUUGUUUAUUCUAUCCCCUCUCGCUCGACGAAUAUUUCUAGAACAUCACUAAAUUAGAUUUCAAACAAAAAUUAACACAUAAAAAAUCCUAUAUCGGAAUCAAUCAAUUUCGUGGGGAAUUCCUUGUCAUCAUAUCGGUCUCUUCGGUCGGCUAACUGUGUGUAAUGUGGUUAAUAUGAUUGUGGUGAAUUUAUGAUGCGAAAAAAUUUAUAUUUUUGUGUGUGAUGUAAAAAAAAAGUAAAGUAAAGAAAUAGAAAAAGACCAAUGUACACUCUCUAAACGCACGCACACUCACUCACACACACACAUCAGAGCACAUCCCAUCAAUGUAUUAUAACAAUUCCAACAAUAAUUAGAAAGUAUAACACCACAACACCGCGUGAGUCUGCUGCUGAGUGGUGAAAAAGAAAAUAUUUUAUUUCCCCUCCCGGAGGAAUACCAAGUAACGAAGAAGAAAUACACCAAAAAGUAGAAUAACAUUUUGAGAGUGCGGUGACGGUGAUGAUGAAACUUGUGGUGGUGAAACUUGUGUUUUAUAUAAUUUGUGCUUGUUUCGAAUAAGGAAGAUGCUGAAAUCAUUUGAUUAAAUUGUGUGAAAAACCAAUUUUUCAACAAAUUCAUCUCCUAUAUCCUGAAAUUAAAAACAAACAAAAAAAAAUCAAAACAAUACAAAAAUAAAGAUAAACAUAUAAACAGGACACUAGAAACUAUUUCAACGCUGACGACAUUCGGCAGUUAAUAUUGUACUUAUGUUGUGAAACAUGAGGCUUCUAAUCAACGCCUUGUUGCUGGCAACAUUAUAUCACCAUGUCACAUGUAACAACAGUGCUAGUAGUAUAAACACAAGCAGUAGCAGCAGUAGUGGCAGCAGCGGCGUAAACAAUAACAGUGGCCCAAAUAGCAGUAGUAGUAGCGGUGGAAAUUUAUCUAAACAACCGUCGUCAUCCUCAAAAAACAACAACAAUAAUAACAAUUACAGCAGUAUAAUAACUCGACAAGUACAAUUCGACACAACUCUGAAUCACUUAGUUGUGGACACAAUAACCGGGCGUGUUUAUGUUGGCGGCAUAAAUCGGCUAUUCCAACUUUCGCCAGAACUCGAACUACACGAAUCGGUUAUAACCGGACCACAAAAUGAUUCUGUCGAGUGCACGGUGCUUGAUUGCCCGGCCCAUGCUGUACGACAACCAACCGAUAACGUUAACAAAGUGUUGCUCAUUGAUAGGGCAACAUCACGUUUAAUAUCUUGUGGUUCAUUGUUCCAGGGCAUUUGUACGGUGCGUAAUUUACAAAAUGUCAGCAUUAUCGAGCACAAAGUAUCGGAUGCAGUUGUUGCCAACGAUGCGAAUUCGUCGACGGUGGCAUUUAUAGCGCCAGGACCACCUCAGCCACCAGUUACAAAUGUUAUGUACGUUGGUGUAACGUACACCAACAACUCACCAUAUCGCAGUGAAAUUCCAGCUGUGGCAUCACGCAGUCUCGAAAAUCAAAAAUUAUUUCAAAUCGCCUCAUCGGCGGUGACAACUGGAACACGCAUUUUCAUCAAUUCAUAUGCCCGCGAGUCAUACCUGGUGAAUUAUGUUUACGGUUUUAGUUCGGAGAAAUUUUCGUAUUUCCUCACGACACAACUCAAACACAACCAUCACUCCACACCCAAGGAGUACAUUACAAAAUUGGUGCGGAUCUGCCAAGAGGACUCCAACUACUAUUCGUACACAGAAAUUCCAGUGGAUUGUAUUGAUGCCCAAGGUGGCACCAAAUACAAUCUAGUUCAGGCUGGUUUCUUGGGCAAGCCCGGCUCAGAUUUAGCGUCGAAUUUAGCCAUAACCGAACAAGAUGAUGUGUUGUAUGCGGUCUUCUCGGAGGGUAAAGGCAACGUGUCAACCGAUAACUCAGCAUUAUGUAUAUAUUCGCUGAAAUCGAUUCGCAGAAAAUUCAUGCAAAACAUCAAAUCUUGCUUCAAUGGCAAUGGAGCUCGAGGGCUUGACUUUAUAUCACCGAAUAUGGAUUGUGUUUCAACUAAACUACAAACCAUUGGUGAGGAUUUCUGUGGUCUAGAUGUCAAUUCGCCAUUGGGUGGUGAACACCCUAUAGCUGCUGUACCAGUUGCAAUAUUCAAUAAACGUCUAACAUCUGUUGCUGCAACUCGUACAAGUGGCUAUACGGUUGUUUUUAUUGGCACUGCUGAUGGUUAUCUUAAAAAGAUCGUUGUUGAAUCAGCGAGUUCAGCCAUCGAAUAUGCCAACAUUCCCAUCAACAUUGGUUCACCAAUAAAUAGUGAUAUGCAUUUUGAUAAUCAAAAACUUCACAUAUACGUUAUGUCCAGGCAUGGCGUAUCAAAAGUGAAAGUUUACGAUUGUUCCGAUUACUUGACAUGCGGGCAAUGUUUAGGCGCUCGUGAUCCCUAUUGUGGAUGGUGUUCAUUAGAAAAUAAAUGCAGUCCACGUUCCACAUGCGAAGAUGAUGCCAAUGAUCCAUUGUAUUGGGUAAGCUAUAAGACUGGCAAAUGUACGACAAUAACAAGUGUUGUGCCACAUCAAUUACAACGAACAACAGCUAGAACGUUGGAACUGAUAAUUGACCAUCUACCUCAACUCAAGGAGAAUCUUGUGUGUGCCUUUACAACAGAAGAGAAGGCUCUAUUUACAAAUGCAACAAAAAAGCGAAAUGGUGUUAAUUGUACAACACCUCGAACUGAUAUGUUACCACAGAUUGAACAAGGACGACAUCACUUUACGGCAAGAUUAUCAGUUCGGACGAAAAAUGGCCCUGAUUUGGUAUCAACAGAUUUUACAUUUUUCGAUUGUAGUACACAUUCCUCAUGCACCAGAUGUGUAUCGUCAGAAUUUCCUUGUGAUUGGUGCGUUGAAGCUCAUCGUUGCACUCACGAUACAGCCGAAAAUUGUCGCAAUGAUAUUCUUGUAACUGGAGUUAGUCGAAUCGGACCAAGCUAUCGAUCUGGACCUGGAUUUUGUCCAACAAUCAAUGCCACAGGUGAUGGUAGUGAAGUACUUGUUGCUGCCGGUACCAGCAAAUCCAUCAAAGUCAAAGUACAUAUUAUUGGGCAAUUUAUUGUGCAAACCCGUUUUGUGUGUCAAUUUAAUAUCGAAGGACGUGUAACAUCGUUGAAUGCUCAACUCUUGGGCGAUACAAUUUAUUGUGAUAAUAUGGAAUUUCAAUAUUCUUCAAGAUCACCAAAUUUAACAGCUACAUUUGCUGUGAUAUGGGGUGGAUCCAAACCACUUGAUAAUCCUCAUGAUAUUCAUGUUGUAAUAUAUCGUUGUCGUGAUAUGGCCGACAGUUGUGGUAUAUGUUUGGCAUUGGCAGAAAAAUAUAAUUGCGGUUGGUGUUCGUCAACAAAUUCAUGCGAAGUUGAAGAGCAAUGCAAUAAGAAUAAUGAAGGCAAAACUGAUUGGCUUAAUAGAAUGGAAACAUGUCCUAAUCCAGAAAUUCAAUCAUUCUCGCCAAAAACUGGCCCUUGGGAAGGAGGAACUAAUAUUACAAUACAGGGUAUCAAUUUGGGAAAGAACUUUACUGACAUCUAUUCAGGUGUUCGAAUUGCCGGAAUCAACUGCAUGCCAUUUCAACAAUUCUAUGUGGAUACAAAACAAAUUGUCUGCACUGUUGACAGUCCGGGUGUGCAGCUUUAUCGAAAUGGUCGGAUAGUUGUACAAAUUGGUGAUUAUCGAGGUGAAUCGAAGACAGAUUUUGAAUUUGUCGAUCCGAAAAUUGAUGACUUCAGUCCGAAAUUUGGUCCCGUCUCCGGUGGUACCCAAAUUAUGAUUUUUGGAAAAUAUUUAAAUGCAGGCAGUCGUAUACAAUCGUUUAUCAAUGACCAUUUGCCCUGUGAAAUAUUGAGUACGAAUGCAACUCAGGCAUUGUGCCGGACAAGUUCAUCGCCGGGUAUCAUUGAGGGUCGAUUGAAAAUGCACUUUGAUAAUGGAAUUCGAGAAUUCAACGAUUAUAAUUUUAAAUAUGUCGAAGAUCCAACAAUUGAUUAUGUUAGUUCUGGUCAAUCAGGUACAAAAUCUCCGAAGGGUAUACCAGCGGGUGGUAUUAAAAUAGCUGUUCGAGGAAGUCAAUUUGAUUAUAUUCAGAGUCCAAACAUGUAUGUGUAUUACAACGAAAAAAUGUUCUUCAGUGAAUGUGAGGUGCUAUCAUCGUCGGAUAUGCUCUGCAAUUCACCAAUAAUCGACACAGGUUCAGUGUUUCUCGAUGCUGACAAACCGGAACAACUAGAGUAUGGAUUUUUGAUGGACAAUGUUAUCGGAGUGCAAAAUCUUUCGACUAAGCAUAAUAAUAAAUUUGAACUUUACCCCAAUCCAGUGUAUGAUCGUUUUGAAGAUCGAGUCAAAUACUAUAAAAGUGAAUACUUAACAAUAAAUGGAAAGAAUCUAGAUCGUGCGUGUAAGGAAAGCGAUGUGCUGGUGAUGAUCGGUAAUGGGAUAUGUAAUAUUACUUCGCUAUCCCGUCAGCAAUUGACCUGCCGACCCCCAUCGGAGUCUACAGAUUCCAGUGAGGUACCUGAGGUGGUUGUGAAAAUUGGUCAAUCAUUGGAAUAUCGCAUUGGGGUGUUGAGUUAUGCCUCGCCAAAUAUCAUGCAUGGCCUGGGAAAGAAUGUAAUGUUCGGUGUAAUUGUUGGAGUAGCAGCAUUGUUUCUAUUCUUUGUCUGUUUACUUGUGGCCUAUAAAAAGAAAACAUCCGAGUCUAAUCGUGUGCUGAGAAACAUGCAAGAACAAAUGGAUAUUCUAGAGUUACGUGUUGCUGCGGAAUGUAAAGAAGCUUUUGCUGAAUUGCAAACCGAAAUGACAGAUCUAACUGGUGACCUUACAUCAGGCGGUAUACCAUUCCUUGAUUACCGUACUUAUGCCAUGAAAAUUCUCUUUCCCAAUGAUAAGGAUCACAAUGUUUUGCAAUGGGAACGACCAGAAUUGUUGCGCAAAGAAAAAGGUCUUCGCUUGUUUGGUCAAUUGAUUAUGAAUAAAACAUUCCUCUUACUGUUCAUACGCACUUUAGAAUCGAAUCGCUACUUUUCAAUGCGUGAACGAGUUAAUGUCGCUUCCCUUAUCAUGGUUACAUUACAAUCCAAAUUGGAAUAUUGCACUGAUAUAUUGAAAACACUUUUAGCUGAAUUAAUUGAAAAAUGCAUCGAAGGCAAGAGUCAUCCGAAAUUGUUACUACGUCGCACAGAAAGUGUUGCCGAAAAGAUGCUAUCGGCUUGGUUCACAUUUUUGUUGUAUAAAUUUCUGAAAGAAUGUGCCGGUGAACCAUUGUAUAUGUUAUUCCGAGCUGUUAAGGGCCAAGUUGAUAAAGGUCCUGUAGAUGCAUGCACUCAUGAAGCUAGAUAUUCGUUAAGCGAAGAGAAACUCAUUCGCCAAUUAAUUGAAUUCCGGCCAAUGACGGUUUUUGCUAGCAUUACACAACAACCAAUGUUUUGUACAAAUAUGGAAAUGAUGCCCACUAACACGGAGAAUGUUCAAGUCAAAGUUCUCGAUUGUGAUACCAUUGGUCAAGUUAAGGAAAAAUGUUUGGAUACUAUCUAUAGGAAUAUUCCAUCCAGUCAACGCCCAAGAAAAGAUGAUUUAGAUUUAGAAUGGCGAACAGGAGCAUCAGGUCGUGUUAUACUCUAUGAUGAAGAUACUACGUCCAAGAUGGAAAACGAAUGGAAGAAACUCAAUACACUACAACACUAUAAUGUUCCCGAUGGUGCCGGGUUAAGCUUGGUGCCCAAACAAAGCUCGAUUUAUAAUUUCUCAAUACUCUCAGAUAAAAAUGAAAAAUCUCACAAAUAUGAAACAUUAAAUUUAUCAAAAUACACAUCAUCAUCCCCAACAUUUAGUCGAGCUGGAAGUCCCUUGAAUAAUGAUAUCCAUGAGAAUGGGUUAAAAUAUUGGCAUUUAGUCAAACACCACGAUAGUGAUUUACAAAAAGAAGGUGAACGUGUAAAUAAACUUGUGUCGGAAAUUUAUUUGACACGACUGCUUGCCACUAAGGGUACACUACAAAAAUUUGUCGAUGAUUUAUUCGAGACAAUAUUUAGUACAGCACACAGAGGUUCAGCGUUACCUUUGGCAAUAAAAUAUAUGUUUGAUUUUUUGGAUGAUCAAGCAUUAUUGCAUGGCAUAACUGAUCCCGAAGUUGUGCAUACAUGGAAGAGCAAUAGUUUGCCAUUAAGGUUUUGGGUUAAUUUAAUUAAAAAUCCAAACUUUGUUUUUGAUAUUCAUAAGUCGAACAUAGUUGAUUCCUGCUUAUCAGUAGUUGCUCAAACAUUUAUGGAUUCAUGUUCCACAUCAGAUCAUAGAUUAGGUAAGGAUUCUCCAAGCUCAAAGCUAUUAUACGCAAAAGAUAUACCUGAAUAUCGCAAAUGGGUGGAUCGAUAUUAUCGUGAUAUUAGAGAAAUGCCAGCUAUAUCCGAUCAAGAUAUGAAUGCAAUGCUAGCUGAAGAAUCAAGAUUGGAUAUAUUUUCAUUACAGUUACACACAACAGAAUUUAAUACAAAUUGUGCCCUCCACGAAUUAUAUGAAUAUGCUGUGAAAUACAAUGAACAAUUAACUGUAACAUUGGAAGAAGAUGAAUUCUCACAAAAGCAAAGACUUGCCUUUAAAUUAGAACAAGUUCAUAAUAUAAUGUCUGCUGAAUAAGUUAAAAAAAAAAAAAAACAAAAACAAAA